AAGAUGGCACUUUCAUCGCGUACAUCAUGAUUUCUUUACAACGUUUCUACUAUCUGUACGAUAUCUAUUUCAAAGUUUCAGACGCAUAUAUCACGGAAAUUGUCAGCGUUAGCGAUACGAGAUAUUGAUUUGUCGUGAACAAUUGCAGCUUACCGCGUCUACAUUAGCAUGCAAAAAUGAUGCUUGCUAGAGUAUGUCGAAGUACCGUCUCGUCAAAUUUGGUCAGUCUACUAAAGGCUCCAAUUAAUUCGAAACCGUUUAUUCCGAGAAUUCAAUCUACCAGAUUAUUUGCUAACGAUGGACGAAGUGCAUUUGCAAGAUCGGCUCGUAGAUCAGCCACUAUUUCAGAGCAGGCAAUGGCUCCUGCAGGAGAAACAGCAUUCACUAUUGGAAAAGGAGUUGUUGCCGGUGGUGCUGUAAUAGGAAUAGGUUCACUGUGCUAUUAUGGUUUGGGUUUGUCACCAUCUAUGGGAGCUAUAGAUUAUGCAAAGUUAUGGCCCCAAUAUGUGAAAGAUAGAAUUAAGACUACAUACAUGUACCUUGGUGCAUCUAUAGUAAGCAGCACUGUAGCUGCAGCAGUAUGUUUACGUUCGCCAACUAUGAUGAACUUGGUAAUGCGUCAAGGAUGGGUUGCCAUGUUAGUAACAUUAGCAUCUGUCUGGGGUAGUGGAAUAUUGUUACAGAGCAUUCCAUACAAAGAAGGUUUCGGUGCAAAACAAAUAGCAUGGUUGAUACAUACUGGUACCGUUGGUGCAUUUCUUGCACCUUUGUACUUACUUGGCGGACCUUUGGUCCUUAGAGCCGCAUGGUAUACCGCCGGUGUAGUUGGUGGUUUAUCAGUAGUUUCGGUUUGUGCACCAAAUGAAAAGUUUCUGAACAUGGGAGGUCCAUUAGCUAUUGGCUUGGGCUUUGUAUUUGCAAGUAGUGUUGGAUCAAUGUUUUUACCACCUACAACUGCUCUUGGAUCUGGUUUGUAUUCGAUAUCCUUGUACGGUGGUCUGGUGCUCUUCUCUAUGCUUCUUCUGUAUGAUACACAACGUAUCAUCAAACAAGCAGAAACAUAUCCAACCUAUGACUAUCUAGCAAGGCCAUACGAUCCGAUUAAUAACGCGAUUUCUGUUUAUAUGGAUGCAGUGAAUAUCUUUGUAAGAAUCCUCACAAUGUUAGCAAGUGGAGGAAGUAAAAGACAAAAGUAAAAGAAUGGAUGUCUUUUCGAGUAGGUCGAUAAAAGAAUUAUGGAGUCUUAUUCCAUGUUUGAAAAACGCCAUGAUUUAGUGUUAAACUUUAAAUAAACUUAAAUUUAUUUUACAAUAAAUCAGCUUUAUAUAUAUAAUCUACUUCAUGUUAUAUCAUAAGAUGAUAUGUAAAUUAUUAGUUUAUUUAAAAUAAAGUAUAAAACAGAAAAAGUAAA